GACCCCUUCCUCUGUUCUCAUGGAAAUCACAGCCCACCGCCUCCCGGCCACACUUUGUGCACGGAGGCGAAGUUGAAGCGCACAUUCCCGGCCGGGACAACGCACGAUGAAGAGGAGGCUGAUGUAGUCCAGGAGGAGCUGAUCGUUUGGUUUCUACUCGAUCCUCCCGCCGCUGUGUGCUGGUUCACUUACUGCUUCUCCCGCAGCACACGCGCACUGGAAGUGCACCCACCAACAUGCUGGAUCCGGACCGGUGCGUCUUCUUCCUCUCCUUCCUCUUCUUCUUCUCCUCCGCCGCUCUCCUCUGCUCCGUCCACGCGUCGUGUCCUCCGCGCUGCGAGUGCUCGGAGGCGGCUCACACGGUGAAGUGCGUCUCCAAGGACCUGCGGAGUGUCCCGGAGGGGAUCCCCGGAUACACGCGGAAUCUGUUCGUCACCGGGAAUCAGAUCAGUCGCAUUGGUCCAGAGUCGUUCAGAGGACUGGAGAACGUCACCAACUUGUCUCUGAGUAACAAUAGAAUAUCUGAGGUGGAGUCCAACACGUUUGCCGGACUCCGCAGCCUUCGCUCUCUGGACCUGAGCAACAACCAGCUGGCGAUCAUUCACCCCGAGGCCUUCACCGUCCUGAACCAGUCUCUGCAGGAGCUGAACCUGAGCCGGGCCCUCUACAACCACUCCACAGUGAUGGACCUGGCCACGUCUUUCCGCUGGAGCUCCCUGGGGAACCUUCAGGGACUGGACCUCUCCCACAAUAGCCUCAUCUAUCUGCCCUCGCGCAUCUUCUCGCACCUGAGCAGCCUCCGACGGCUCCUGCUGUCCAACAACUCCCUGGUGGCCAUCCACAACUCCACCCUCGCAGGGCUGGAGCGCCUGGAGGAGCUGGACCUCACGCUCAACGCCCUCAAGACGUUUCCAGAGGAGGGCCUGCGAGAGCUGGACUCCCUGCCCCGAGUGGCCCUCCUGCUGGAAGAGAACCCCUUCACGUGCACGUGUGGAAUUGAACCCUUCGCGUUGUGGCUCAACAGAUCCCAGGGGCGGAUUAGGAACGCUGAUAGUCUAGUGUGCUCCUUCCCAACCAGCAUGAGGAACACAUCCAUGCUCGCCGUGGGCACGAUGACUCUUGGAUGCCAGCAGAGAGACGCAGGUGCCGACCUUGCUUUGCAGACCUCAUAUGUGUUCUUGGGUUUAGUCCUGGGCUUCAUUGGCCUCAUUUUCCUAUUUGUACUCUAUCUCAACCGCAAGGGCAUCAAGAAGCGGAUCUACGACAUGCGAGAUGCUUUCAGGGAGGUGUUGGAAGGCUACCACUACCGCUUUGAGAUCGAUUCUGACCCCCGGAUAUCACAGAUCUCUACGGGCGCUGACGUGUGAGAGGACAAUCCCCCCCGCUGUAUUUUCUUAUGACUCUUUUUUUAAAUGCAUUUAUCAAUUAGGGAGAUGUAAAAAUUGUACAGUUUUGCCUGUAAAUAUAUAAAUACAAUAGUGUGAAUAAUUCUAUAAGCCUUGUUGUUUAAAGCAUGCACUGCCCAUAUAUCCUCAAUGCACAUUGAAUGUUCUCCCUCUGUACAGAUGAUCGUUUCUUUGCUCAAAAGACAAAGAUGUUACAGAUAGAGCUUGUUGACGUCUCUCAUAUCUUGUCUGCUCGUCAAGGUCACACAAAGCAGUAAGUGCCUAAAGGUCAGCUUGGUGUUGCUGCAGUGAUCUGAUCUGAACUCAAGCAAAACGUUGAUUCCGUCUUCUGUGUCUGAUCUGUUUGGCUUGUGAAAACAAAGCAACAAAACGCUGCAAUAAAUCCUGACACUACCAAGACAAA